UGUGUAAUAAUAUCUUGAGCAAUGGACACACAGAGCAAGAGAUAAACUGACACACAACAUAACCAACUUAACUGAAAAUGGCGCUGCAACUCCAAAUACAGUCACCAUUAUCUUUCACCAACGAACCCUACAGUCAACUUCUUUCCACAACCAAAUCUAAAUUCCUAUUCAUUAAAUCUCAGAACACCCCAACCGACACUGAGUCUACUCAAGACUCUCCUAAGAAACCCAACCCCCUUUCUCCUGGCCAAGGCUUUGGCUCCUCCUCUUCUACUUCUGGGAAACCUACUGCCACUUCUGUCACCAAGAAAAAGAAAUCCAAGAGUAAAAGAGAGAGGGCCUCGGUUACUAGGAGCGCUCCCGUUCAAAAACCCGCCUUUGUAAGUCAAGAAGAUGAGGCUAAAGCUAAAGAAAUCAUGAAGAAUGAGAGUGCUUUUCUCCUUGCUUGGUUGGGAAUUGGUGGGGUCAUUCUUCUUCAAGGCAUUACUCUUGCUGCUUCAGGCUUCUUACCAGAGGAAUGGGAUAAAUUCUUUGUGAAGUAUCUGUAUCCGACUUUCACUCCAACAGUCCUCUUGUUUGUUGCUGGAACGGUUGCGUAUGGAGUGCUUAAGUACCUGCAAAAUGAGAAACUCAAGGACCAAAAUUGAAUCAUGGAUGAAAGCUGAUGGUUUCAGUUGUAAGGGAACAGAGGACCUCUACGUUACCCACUCAUAAUUUUGUGAUUAAAAUUCAACUUUAUUCUUACAUUUUAUUAAAAAAAAAAUCUUUCGUACGCACCUCAAAUUAACUUGUAUGAUGACGAUACACAUAUUCGUUGAUAGCAAAGUUUGUUACUAUGUAAUAGUUAAUCUU